CUGGAAACAACCCAAAACAACAGCAGGCAAAUAGACUGACAAACUGCAGUACCUCCAGACAAUGGGACACCCUUCAGCAAUGAGAAGAAGGGAAAUAUUAAUACACACAACUUGAAAUGUAUACUGCUACAAGAAAGAAGCCAGACACAACAGGCUCCAUACUGUGUGGUUCCAUAUAUGACAUUCUGGGAAAGGCAGGGACAGAAAAAAGAGCAGUGGACACCAGCGACUAGAGCUGACUAUGUUAACCUAAAUAACAACUCAAGAGAGAUUUUCAAAAGAUAAAUUUAUUUGGGGAUAAAAUAACAUUGCAAUGGGAAUACACAUACACAUAAUAAACUGCAAGUGCAUUCAAGAAGGUUGAGGCAAAGGGAAGUUUUUAAAGGUGAAAUGGAUAUCAUAAAAUAUUUUUCAGCAAUAAUCCUUGGCCACAAGUGUCAAUAAGAGUGGCGUCAGUCCAAGACUAAACACACAGUCACAGGGCAGAUGUCCUUGCAGAAGCAUUUCUGUGCAAGGCUGUGGUUCUGGCAGAGUGGCUGUGCAUAGCUCUUAUUGUCAGACAUACAUGUGAGAGAUUUUCCUCCUCCUGUGACCUCCCAGCUUUGUUUAUUUUGGAGAGGGCUGAUUACGACUUGAUAAGCGUCUCCAUGUUGGUUUAACUACAAAGUGACAUAUGCGGGCACAGUGACAUAUGUCUGUAAUUCCAGUGCUCUAGGAAUCUGAGUCAGAAGAGUCACAAGUUUGAGUGUUACCUGGGUGAUUUAUCAAACCCCUUUCUCUAUAUAAAUAAAUAAAUAGGCUGGAGAUGUAUCUCAGUGCAAAAGUAGGUUCACUCCCUAGUAUCUCAAAAACAAAAACGAACCAAAAAAACCUUCAAAUCAUUGAAAAGGGCAAAUUUUAAUGUGUGUAAUUUACACCUCAAUAAACUUGACAAGAAAAAGAAACAGGGAUGGAAGAGUGGAAGGCUGGGAGAGAGGAGAAAGGCAGAGAGGGAGAGAAAGCCAGCACAGGGGGGCGUCCCAUGGUGCUAGCGUCUGCAGAGGUUGGCAAGGACACGAACACUGCCACCUCUUCCAGGCUGGGGGGGCGGUCUGUCUCUUCUUCGUGGGGCGUCUGAGCAUCCCUGGACCCCCAGCUUGGAGCUCCCACUACAAGCCUGAUCACAACGCCUGAUCACAACACCGCCUAGGGAAUGCCCGCCCUGUCAGUUUCUGUUACCGGGACACUGGGGUAAGGCAUUUCCUGCCUAGACGUCUUAGCGGCUUCCACUGCCAUGGAGACCAGCUUAAGAGCUAGGGGGAGCUACUCCUUAAGCGGCAGGAGGAAGAGGCCAGGGGUCUAGGACUAGCUGAGGAGGUGGCUGAGUUGGGACCCGGGCGUGAGACCACCCACCCAUCCGACCUUCACAUGUUCACAGCUCCCCAGUAGGACUCCACCCUGGGGUAGAUCGCAGGACCAGGCCCUUUCUGGCUGGAAUCAGGAGGUGGAGGAUCAAAGUCCCCCCCUCUGCCCCACCCUGCUGCAGCCAUGUUUAUCAAGGUGAUGUUUGGAGCUGGCCACUGGGAGCUUGUCAACCCCUGGUGCAGCGUGGUGACCCUCACUGCCUACCUGAAGCGGAAGGGACAGGUACCCCCAGAUGCAACCAUCGCCCUCUUGGCUGAGGAUGGGCACCUGGUGAGCCUGGGUGAGGACCUGGAGGAAGGGACUUCCUCACCCCCCUCUAGGGGCAGUCCCCUGCUGCAGGAGCGAGGGACCUAUGUUCUCGUGCAGAUCAUCAGAGAAGGUGGAGUCCCCACCCGCUAUGUGUCCCUACUGGAGAACCUGGAUGACUGGUAUCCUGAGCUGGCAGAGGAGCUGCGCUGGCUGUCAGGCCUCCCAGCCAUGGGCAACAGCAGGAAGAGACGCAUGGGAAACCGGCGUGGCCAGCAGGAGCAAGGCACUCCUUCAAGGUCCCGAAGGGUGGGCUCACUGAUGUCCAAGACCCGCUAGCAGGGGCCAGGAGCCCAGUGUGAAGAAGGUAUGGAUGCCGAGAAAGACACAGGGUAAAGUGGGAUCCCUUCUCAAGGGACAGACACGUAUGUGCAGAGGCAGAUCCUCAACCCACCCCAUAUACCCCUAAGAUGGAAGACACUGUACCUUGAGAGAGUCCCAUCUUGCUGGAAUGUGAGCCCCUUAGGGCAAGAAAGUCUCCGUACUUGCUAGAAUAGGGCAUGACACACGGUAGGAGCUCAAUGCACAGCACAGUGCUUGCCUACCAUGCACAAGGGGCUGGGUUAGAGUCCCAGCAUGACCUCGUGUGUGUGUGUGUGUGUGUGUGUGUGUGUGUGUGUUAUGUGUGCAGGCACUGGGAAUGUAGCUCAGUGGUAGGGCACUUGCCUAGCAUGUAUGAGGCCCUGGGUUCCAUCUCCAACACCAGGAAAAAAUGCUUGAUGAAGCAGUCCGCACUGGGUUCAAAUGGCCUACUCCUCUGUUCCAGCAGGCCCCGUGACUUGGCACACUACAGCGAGUAGCCAAGCUGGACUCAGAUGCAAGGGGGGUGGCUCUGACCUCUGUCUCAUGUGAUCAGGUGCAAACAGACAGCAACCCAGCAGGAGUCCCCUUGCAGAAUCUGGAAUUACUGAGAAGUUGCAUCAGCAAGAGGGGCAAAGUCACAUACACGGAGGGGCGGCUAAAAUGUGGGUGAGGAUAACGGGAUCUAGAGGCAGAAACAACAACAGUGGAAGGAGCAGGUAACCCUGAGAGGCGGAGACAAUGGGCUCCGCCCUGGACUGCAGUCUCCAGAGCCAGAUGCCCUUGCUGUCACCUGCUAAAGCCUGAUCCCCUCACUUUGGACUCUCCAAGGUGCUCUGUCCUUGGCUAGCCACAGUGCACAUUACAACAGGGCUCCUCCCAGCCCACCACAAUGAGACAUCUAUCCAUUUCUGAGCCUACCUCACCAGCUACGGUGCUCCUGGCAGACAGGCCAGCAAGAGGGCACACAGCAGGCUGUGUUCUAAAAUAAACACUUUAAUUAUA